UUCAUUUGGUUGUUAUCUUCCAGCCCUCACACAAGAAGUCAACCUGAAUGGCACAGCCCCCUUGGAAGCCACCAGCAAUGAGGUUCUUCGUAGCCACCACUCUCCUGGUCAUCCUCCCAGCGGUCUUCACAAAAAGCCCCAUAUUUGGUCCCCAGGAUGUGAGUAGUGUGGUAGGUACCUCGGUGUCCAUCACAUGCUACUAUCCAGCCACCUCUGUCAACCGGCACAGCCGGAAGUACUGGUGCCGGCAAGGAGCCAGCGGCCUCUGCACAACCCUCAUCUCUUCAAAUGGCUACGUCUCCAAGGAGUAUGCAGACAGAGCCCACCUCAUCAACUUCCCAGAGAAUAACACAUUUAUGAUUAACAUCGAGCAGCUCACUCAGAAUGACACUGGGAGCUAUAAAUGUGGUCUGGGCACCAGUAACCGAGGCCUGUUCUUUGAAGUCAGCUUGGAGGUCAGCCAAGCUCCUGACUUCCCAAUUGACACUCAUGUCUACACAAAGGACCUGGGUAGAAACGUGACCAUCGACUGCCCUUUCCAAAAGGAGAACGCUCAUAGCAAGAAAUCCUUAUGUAAGAAAAUAGGUCAGACCUGUGAACUUGUCAUUGACUCUACUGAAUAUGUGAAUCCCAAGUAUAAGGAUAGAACACGUCUUUCUAUGAAAGGGACCAACCCAAAAUUAUUCAAUGUCGACAUUAAUUACCUAAGACUCAGUGAUGCUGGGCUGUAUGUUUGCCAGGCUGGGGAAGACUCUAGUGCUGAUAGAAAGAAUGUUGACCUCCAGGUACUAGAGCCUAAGCCAGAGCUGGUUUACGGAGAUCUGAGAGCCUCGGUGGCUUUUGACUGUGAUUUGGGCCGUGAGGUGGCACACGAAGCCAAAUAUCUGUGCAGGAUGAACAAGGAAACUUGUGAUCUGAUCAUCAACACCCUGGGGCAGAGAGAUCCAGCCUUUGAGGGCAGGAUCCUGCUAACCCGCAAGGACAACAAUGGCCGUUUCAGUGUGUUGAUCACAGGCCUGAGGAAGGAAGAUGCAGGACACUACCUGUGUGGAGCCCACAGUUCUGGUCUGCCCCAAGAAGGCUGGCCCAUCCAAGCUUGGCAACUCUUUGUAAAUGAAGAGUCUACCAUGCCCCCUAGUCGCUCUGUGGUAAAGGGUGUCACAGGAGGCUCUGUGGCUAUAGUCUGUCCCUACAACCCCAAGGAAAGCAACAGCCUCAAGUACUUGUGUCGCUGGGAAGCGGAUGGAAACGGACACUGCCCGGUGCUCGUAGAGAGCCAGGGGGUGGUGCAUGAACAGUACGAGGGCCGACUGGCACUGUACGAUCAGCCGGGCAACGGUACCUACACUGUCAUCCUCAACCAGCUCACCCCCCAGGAUGCUGGCUCCUACUGGUGUCUCACCGACGGUGACUCUCGCUGGAGAAGCACUGUAGAACUCCAAGUUUCUGAAGCUACAGGGACGCCAAACCUCGAGGUGACACCACAGAAUGUGAUUGCAGUGCCAGGACAGGCCCUCACGCUCUCCUGCCACUAUACAUGCAAAUACUACUCCCAGGAGAAAUACUGGUGCAAAUGGAGCAACGAGGGCUGCCACACCCUGCCUAGCCUCGACAAAGCGGCCCGCCUGCCCUCUGUGAGCUGUGACCCGAACAAUCAGGUCAUCUCCAUGACCCUGAACCCAGUCAAGAAGGAAGAUGAAGGCUGGUACUGGUGUGGGGUGAAGAAAGGCCAGGCCUACGGAGAAACUACAGCCAUCUAUGUAGCAGUUGAAGAGAAGACAGGGGGGUCACGCCAAGUCAGCCCAUUGGAUGCAAACGCACCUGCCAACGUUGCUCCAGAAGAAGAGGUAGUUGAAUCGGGUGUCAGUGAGAAUGAGAACAAAGCCAUUCCAAACCCCAACCUUCUGGAAGAGGAAAGAGAGAUAGACGGUGUGGGAGACCAAGCUCAGGAGAACAGAGCAGCUGUGGAUGCUGGCAGUGCUGAUGGACACAAAGGGACCUCCAAAGUGCUGUUCUCCACCCUGGUGCCCCUGGGUCUGGUGCUGGCAGUGGGUGCUGUGGCUGUGUGGGUGGCAAGAGUCCGACACCGGAAGAAUGUGGACCGGAUGUCAAUCAGCAGCUACAGGACAGACAUCAGCAUGGCAGACUUCAAGAACCCCAGGGAUGUGGGAGGCAAUGUGAACAUGGGGGCCUCUCCGGAUACCCAGGAGACAGAUCUCGAAAGGAAAGAUGAAAUCGUGACUACCACUGAGGUUGCCACGGAGCCAGAAGAAUCCAAGAAGGCAAAACGGUCAUCCAAGGAGGAAGCUGACCUGGCCUACUCAGCGUUCUUGCUCCAGUCCAGCACCAUCGCUGCACAGGUCCACAAUAGUCCCAAGGAAGCCUAGGGGUGCGGAGCGCCUUACCCUUGCCUGUGACAAUCAACUGAGAAUCAUACUGACCCCCUGGCAGCCUGCGCUCACUCAUUGUCUCCUAGGCUUUGCCCUCCUUUCCUCAGACUCACGCUGGUCCCUUCCUCGGUUGUCAAAGCCUGGCCUCGCUGUACCUGUUUGGGAGGUGUGAGGAGUUCGGACCUGCAGCUUUUCUCUGUUAAAAGGUUAACUAAGGUGGAAGUAAGGAGUCAAGCCUGAGAGACAUUUCUGAGAGAAGAGGUUCAGAGUUAGGGCUCUCCUCAGGAGGGAGAGCCAUUUGAAGCCUCUUACAUCAUAUGAUGGCAUGUCAGUGCAAGUCUUCUCUCCUCCAUCUCUCCCUUCCUCUCUUCUCCAUUCAAAAGACACAUCUGAAAACGUAGUAGAAUCCAGGUGCCUACGAAAUGCUGAGUCCCAGGCCAGAACCUGGGACUACACAUCAUCGGAAGAGACCCCAUCUUCUCCCAGACCCUGUCUUUUCACUAAGACAUGGCACCAUUACCAGGCAUAGCUCCUACCUCUGCACCUAACAGUCUGAGGCACAACUAAGUCAUAAGGACACCACCUUUUUCCGAUGGAAGAGACUUGCUCUAGGGCAUCCAUGAGAUAAACUAGUGUCCCACCAGAUUUGGUAACUCCUGGCUGUUGGCCUGGGGUCUGCCUUCAAGACCUCUGCCUUUAUCGGAGGGCAAGUGUUGGCAUGAGGAAGUUAAGAGGAACUGAGUAAAGUGGGCAUGAUGGUGUACACACGCAAUCCCAGCAUUCAAGAGGUGGAUAGGAUCAGAAGUUCAAGGUCACCCUUGGCUACAUAGGGAGUUUGAGGCCAGCCUGGGAUACAUAAAGACCUUGUUCCAAAGCAGAAAGAGGAGGAAGAGAGGGAGGAGGAGAAGAGAAGAAGGAGAAGGAGAAGGAGAAGGAGAAGGAGAAGAAGAAGAAGAAGAAGAAGAAGAAGAAGAAGAAGAAGAAGAAGAAGAAGAAGAAGAAGAAGAAGAAGAAGAAGAAGAAGAAGAAAUACAAAUGGAUCUUUCUCUGGUGCAGCCUUUCCCCUUCCUGUCACUCAUGUGGACCUCAGAUAAAGGAACAAACACUCUCAGCCUCAUGUGUUUGGAGAGUUUUGAGUAGACAGGAAGAAGGCACAGCCCGGGAGCAGCUGUUCUUCUAAGCGUCGAAUGAAAAGACUGUUUCCCUCUGAGCUCCGCACAUUGAACCAGCACCUACAGGCUGAAACCAGCAAAUCAGAAAAAACAAUUAAUAAUUAAAGUCUAUGAUUGCUACCAA